CGCUCUCUUCCAAUUGGACUUGUUUUUUUUUUUGUUUGUUUUUUUUCUCUUUAAGAAAGAAGCAGAAUAACUCUCCUUUUUUUUAUUUACGUGUGACAUAGAAGCGUACACGACAACAGGAAGCCCCGCGGUCAAAGUGACGCUUCAGUUUUUAGCUAACGGUCGGUGAAGUCAAGUGCAGUUCACCGACCCACCUGCGCCCGGAGCAGCCGCACCGCGAGCUCCUAUCCCCGGACUCGGACCACGGAUACACUCCCCGUUUUCCUCCGCUGACUCGGAAGGAUGAAACUCUCCCACGUUUUGGCUACGCUCAUCAUCGCCUGGGUUGCCGUUUUCGGCUGCAUUCAGGCGGUUACUCUGGAGGUGAGGGAAGGAAACUCCACCUGCAUCAAGGCUGAGCUUUCUGCAUCGCUCUCCAUCACAUAUGACGCCGCCAGCAGCACGAGAACAGUGCAGGUGUCUCUGCCUGACUCCACCACAGUGGAUACGGGCAGCAGCUCGUGCGGCACCGAUGGCGGCUCCCCGUGGUUGGUGGCCGUGUUCGGAUCGGGCCAUGCUCUGGGCCUGAGCUUUUCAACCAAUGGAAGUCUGUACAGCGUCGCCAAUCUGACGCUGCAGUACAACCUCAGUGACUCCUCCAUCUUCCCUGGCGCCAACAGCUCCGAUGUGGUUACUGUGGUGUCAGCUUCAGUUGGUAUCUGGGCAUCGGUCAACACCACGUACCGCUGUGUGAGUCCCCUGACGUUUAGAGUUGGUGGAGCGGGUGUGACGUUCUCCGACAUGAGGCUCGAGGCAUACAUGCCUGGAAAUGACCUGAGUCCAGCUGAGAGUGUAUGUACAGCAGAUCAAACCAGUACUACAGCUUCACCUACCACUGCUACUACUACUACUACUCAAGCCCCAGUACCAACUCCUCCAGGACAACCUGAACGGGGAUCCUACUCAGUGUUGCGCAAUGGUACUGCAUGUCUCCUGGCUCAGAUGGGACUGCAGCUCAAUAUUUCCUAUUUCUCCCAGUCUCAGAAUCAGACUAUUCAAGAAUUAGUCAACUUGUCUCCCAAUUUGACGACUGUGUCAGGAUCCUGUGAAGCCAGCAGUGCUACACUAAUUCUCACCCAAGCACAAACCACCACCCUUAACUUUACUUUCACUCUGAACUCUACAUCCAACAAAUACCAUCUGGGUGCGAUAAGUCUUCUUGCAAACUGGUCUGAUAUGACUGCUCCCUUCUCGGCCAGCAACACCAGUCUGGACUACCUUCGGAGUUCAUUGGGCCACUCAUACAUGUGCAAUGCAGAGCAAACUCUGGCUGUGUUACCAGUUUUGUCUGUCAACACAUUCAGACUACAGGUCCAGCCUUUUGGGGUCACUACCAACCAGUUUGCUACAGCUGAGGAGUGUCAGAUGGACCAGGACCAGAUGCUCAUCCCUAUUAUUGUGGGAGCCGCUCUGGCCGGCCUGGUGCUGAUUGUCCUCAUUGCCUAUCUAAUAGGCAGGAAGAAGAGUCACGCCGGAUACCAGACCAUCUGAAUGUUCCUCAUUAAUCCUACCCCUGAUAGACUGACAUAUGAAAGGAUGACACUGAGUGUUUGAAUGAACAAGUUGUGGACUGUGCACACGAGCAUGAAUGGAUGGAAGGCGCUGUUGAGUGCAUGUUUUGCAUAUCCCAUGUGACCUCUGGAUAUUUGAUUUUCCUUCCACUUUCUCUGCGAAUGAUGAAAACAGGCCAGAAGUGCUGGCUAACUUUACAUGGUGUACAUUUGGAUGAAGCCCAAGAGGACUGAGCCUUAAUCUGGUAGUGAGAACCUGCUGUAGCAAGUUCUCCAUCAACUGUUUGGCUACACAUCACCCCCGUGCUAUUCUUGUUUCAUUAUGUUUUAGGACUUGGUUAAAUUCACUUCAACUGCUAUUGUGUUGUUUAUAGCUUUGUAACUAUUUAUAAAGAAUCAAUGAAUACCCCAAUGUAAUUAAGAGAAGCAGUCAAAGAAAAGGGAACGUUCUGACAUUUGCUUCCAUAUUUCUUUGCGGUGGAAAGUGGUGAAAGGCUGAACUGACCCAACACUGCAGUAAGAGAGAUGCAGAGUUUAACCAUUUUGAUAAAAAACGUGGAUUGCUGUUUUCUACAGUUUAAUGGUGAAGAUUGUUGUGCAUACUUUAAACCGAAGAUGACACGCUGACACUGACAUUGGUUAUGUUUAUAUGAUUGAUUUUCCCAACACAAUGUUCAUAAAAAUUGUAGUGAUUUGAUCUUUUAUUUUUAUAGAAAAUGGUUUGAUCUCGUUUUCUAUUAUGCAUCAUAUUAAGAGGUAAUAAAAUCUUGAAGAUCUA